AUGCCACACCCCCACAUGCCACGCCACACCCUCUCAUGCCAUGCCACACCCCCACAUGCCACGCCACACCCUCUCAUGCCAUACCAUGCCACGCCACACCCUCUCAUGCCACGCCACACCCCCACAUGCCACGCCACACCCUCUCAUGCCAUACCAUGCCACGCCACACCCUCUCAUGCCAUACCAUGCCACGCCACACCCUCUCAUGCCAUACCAUGCCACGCCACACCCUCUCAUGCCAUACCAUGCCACGCCACACCCCCACAUGCCAUGCCACACCCCCACAUGCCACGCCACACCCUCUCAUGCAAUGCCACACCCUCUCAUGCCAUACCAUGCCACGCCACACCCCCACAUGCCAUGCCACACCCCCACAUGCCACGCCACACCCUCUCAUGCCAUGCCACACCCUCUCAUGCCAUACCAUGCCACGCCACACCCUCUCAUGCCAUGCCACGCCACACCCUCUCAUGCCAUGCCACGCCACACACUCUCAUGCCAUGCCACACCCUCUCAUGCCACGCCACACACUCUCAUGCCAUGCCACACCACACCCUCUCAUGCCAUGCCAUACCCUCUCAUGCCAUGCCAAAUGCCCACAUGGUGGCGAUUGAAAAUGCUAACUUUAAAAGGUCACGCCCCUCACCCCCCAGGUGA